AUGUAAGAUAAAAGACUGUGUUUAUUUGCACCAACACCCCAAAGGAUAAAGAGUCGACUCAAGUCAUUAAAAAAGUAUGCCUCUAUUCUAUGCCAGGAAGAGAUGAACAAUUCUAAAUGGCUCUUUUCUUACUCCUAAAAAAUAGCGUAAGAAAAUUUCAAAAAAUUCUAUACCAAAAUCAACUACAAAAAUGCUCUCUAAAAAUCUGUCUUCCUCAACACUUAAAACAUUCUUGAUCGAAUGAUUGAAGAUAACAUAGUAGAUCGCAUUCCUGACUAGCCCUAACCUCCGCAACCAUUAUAGACCGUUGAAGAAACACAACCAAUCGAAACUCCUGUAUAAUAAAAGCCAAUCGAUAUGGAGAAGCGAUUGGAAGCAGUUAUACAAAAAAUGGAUGGUGAUAGCAAUUCGAGAUUCAAAUUUACAAAUGGCAACUGUCCAUAAGACUAUGAAGCAAUCUAGUAAUUGAAGCAAUGCCUUCUAAAAUGA